GCGUCAGCGGACCUCCGGCUCUCUACGGAACCUCGUCGGCGCUUCGCUAAAGCAGCCAUGCGUGUGCCCAGGUUACGUGGAUACUCCCUAGGCUGCUUGAUACUAGCGGACCCUCUGCAACCGCGAUCGUCCUGGCGCUUCUCUCCUGGUGCCGACGUGGCGCAGGCGACGAGAUCGAAGGUCGCGGGCUCAUGCUGAUGAAGCGCGCGCCGAGUGAUGAGCGGCACUAGCGGCGCCAGUGCAGCAGCAGCAGCAAGGCUCGACGCAUCGUCCCUGGUCUCACCACCAGCAGGUCCGCAAUGGCGUCGCCUGCCUUGUCGGCUACCGCGGCCGACGCCGUCAGCUGGCAGCGCGGCGUGCGCGCCUCGGCGGCGUCUCUCUGCCGCGGGCACUUCUACAAGUUGGUCGCGGCCACCGUGGCCGGCUUCCUGCUGCUCGAGUACAGCUUCAACAUGCUCUCCACCAACCAGAAGCCGUUUAAGGUAGUCUCGCCCGGACUUUCUUGGAUUUUCCGGCCAGUUCCUGGUGGCGCACAGCUCCCAGAGUCUGCCAGUCCAUACUCCGUGAACAAAUCGCACUUUGAUAAGAGCUUUCCCACUUCCGCACGUCCCGAUAACACCAGCACUACACCUGCCUUGGAACUCUGUCCACUCGUGCCGCCUCACCUAGUUGGUCGCUUAAAAGUGCUCAAGGAUGCUCCAUCGUUUGAGACGAUGGAGAAGGAGUUCCCGCACAUACUGCCUGGUGGGCGGUACAAGCCCAAAGACUGCACGGCCAGGCAUCGAGUGGCCAUCUUGGUCCCGUACCGGGACCGCGAGGAGCACCUUAGGGUCUUCCUCUACAACAUGCACCAAAUGCUGCCCCGGCAGCAAAUAGAUUAUACCAUCUUCGUAAUUGAGCAGGCUGGCCAGGGGAAGUUCAACCGCGCCAAGCUGUUCAACGUGGGCUACCUCGAGGCAUUGGCGCUGUACGACUACCAGUGCUUCAUCUUCCACGACGUUGACCUCAUACCAGAGGACGACAGAAACUUGUAUACCUGCCCCGAGCAGCCUCGCCAUAUGUCGGUGGCCAUUGACACCAUGAAGUACAGGCUCCCUUAUGCCCUGAUAUUUGGCGGUGUCAGUGCCCUCAAGAAGGAGCACAUGCAGCUCGUCAAUGGCUUCUCGAACGAGUAUUGGGGGUGGGGAGGUGAAGAUGACGACAUGUCAUAUAGGCUGCAGCACUAUCACUUAAAGAUUUCUAGGUAUCCUGCCAACAUUGCGAGGUACACAAUGCUGAAGCAUGCUAAGGAUACGCCAAGUCCAGAAAGGUACAAGCUUCUAUACAAAGGGAAGCUACGCUACAGAAAGGAUGGCAUCAACAGUGUAAAUUAUGAGCGUCUGGACAUUGUGUUUAAGAAACUCUACACAUGGAUUCUAGCGGACCUGAAAGGCAAAUGACCUCUCCAGUGUUCAUAGUCCUUCUUUUGCUUCAACAAACUGUACCACGCACAUCCUUUGACAUUUCCUUCGUGGAGAUCGCCGCCGCCUUUCAAGUCGUACUCUGCGCAAGUCCACCGCAGUCGCAAAUUUCGUGCGCCACCAACGAGGAAACGCAGUCGCCAAUUUCCCGACCAACGCCCAAAAACGCAGGAGCGAGUGCGCCAUGUGCUGCAAGCGAGUGCACCGCACAUUGAUUCUGCGCGAGACAUGGACGUGCAUCAACAGUGUCGCCAGCGCUGCUCGUGCUUUUUCUUUUUCCCCUGCGUUGUUCAGUGUCACAAAUGCACGCAAUUGCCGUGUGCGAGACUUUGGUGGCCAGUAUGCAAACACACACACAUAGGACUGUUUUUUCACAAUCCACGCUACAAUCUCCAUCCAUGUAACAUUCUUUCGUUUCGUUGUUUUUGUGAACUGUGUCAAUCUGCGAGGAAAAAAAAACCCUUCCGCAGUGUUCAGUCUUUGGUGACGCAGAGAGCACAUUUGAGUCAUGCACGUUUUCAUUUUAGUGUUUCUUAGACAAGCGCAUGGUAUUUUAUUGUGAUUUUCGUACAUUCGAACUCGUCGUGCCUGCCAAUCCAUUGCUUUGGCAAUGUCCUGUGCGUUCGCUUCCUUUUGUACCGUUUCACUGCUCCCGUUGCAAAUGUUGGCCGCCAGUUAUUGUCGCACCGCUCCUGCUUCGUAUAUGGAGUCCUGUGGUGUAUACCCCCAUGCCAUGUGUUAGUGAAAAAAAUGUGCUUUUUGCCCCUUGUUUUGUUAACUUCACGUGCACCUCUCGUUUCUGGAUUGUCGUGUAUUAUUUACGAUUUUAUGUGGAAACUCUUUUAAGCCAGAUAGAUGGACAUGUUGUGUACAUCCCUUUGCUAUUCACUUUUUUUUGUUUAAUGUAGCGUAGUAUCUUCCAAUUAGUGCGUCUAACUUGGGAAGGAAUGGUGCUCGUAUUCAAGCAUCAUUUGUUCAGAAUUUGACAGCCUGACAGUCAUCCGGCAGUCAUCCGUAUGUCAGAAUGCCGAGGGAAACGGAAGGAGGUUUGCGAUGUGAUUUUUUUGUUCCAUGUUGCCCUCAAUGCAGUGAGAGGUGCACGCAUCCGUGAUCGAAGUGCUAGUGCCAGUAUUGUUUUGCAAGACGUUUGUUUUUCUCUUUAUUUUAAAUAUAUGCAAGAGUUACACACUGCACCGCGCAGAUUAUAUUAUGUGUUUGCUGCUCUUUGCGGAUGCGCCCCAGACUCCUAGAUACUUUAAUGAAGUGCUGCGAAACAGAUUUCUUAUACGUAACCGCCAUGUUAUUCCUGCUUGUUGAAAAUCUGUUUUUGGUUGUUUUUGUAAUGCGUGCCACAUUACCGAGAACCGUUCUGUAAAAGUUUGCCUUGUUGCAGUUUUUGAGUGUUCAUACAGGAUGUUAACAUGCACGACCCCUCGUUGUGUCGAGUCCCGCUUAAUCUCGGUGUCUGUGAUGUUCCGAGCAACACUGUUUUUAAACGUUCCCUAUGUUGCCAACUGCAAAAGAAUUUCAAGCGUAGGUGUUUUAGCUUUUUCGUUUUAUGUGGGCGCCUUGGCAGGCAUUCCCUUCUCAGUCGUUUCCGAUAUUUUUUACACUUCCAGAAUAUGACAGGCAAGUGUUUUGAAUUGCUGCUGCAUAUUUAUUGCGUUUCGAAUGAGAACAAAAUGAUUCGCAUGAUAAUAAAGCCUGUUUAAUUUCUUGCU